AGUGUUGAGGGGAUGCAGGACACGGGGAUCUCUUCUCGCCGGUCUCCGGUGACCCUGUCGGAGGAAAUGCCGGAUUCUCCGCCGAAGGACCGAAUCUCGGCUGCGGCUAGAGCGACGAAGCAGAUCGGCAGGAUUGGCUUCCUAGGGCAAUGCCUCAUACUCUCACUCCUACUCCUCCUUGGCUUCCUCGUCAUCCACUCGCCUCGCUACAUCUGCGACAGCCGCCCAGAUGCAUUCUCAAGACAGCACCUCAUUUCCAUUGAAGGCCUCGAUUCGGACUUCGGCCUCCUCGGCGUUCCCUGGUGCAGAUCGAAACAUGGGCAAACUGUGGAAUGGACCAAAAAGGAUCUGCUUCAGGGGUUGGAAGAGUUUGUUCCAAUUUAUGAAACUCGACCAAUCAAGAAUAACAUGUAUGGCAUGGGAUUCGACCAUAGCUUUGGUCUUUGGUUUAUGACACGUUGGCUUAAACCUGAUUUGAUGAUUGAGAGUGGUGCAUUCAAGGGGCAUUCAACUUGGGUUCUUCGUCAGGCUAUGCCAGAUAAACCUAUCAUCUCUCUUUCACCCCGACACCCCGAGAAAUAUCUGAAGAAAGGGCCAGCAUAUGUCGAUGCAAACUGCACAUAUUAUGCUGGAAAGGAUUUUAUUGAUUUUGGAAGCUUGGAUUGGGGUAAGGUUAUGAAGAAUCGUGGGAUCUCAGAUCUUGGAAAAGUGGUAGUUUUCUUUGAUGAUCACCAGAAUGAACUCAAGAGACUGAAGCAGGCACUGAACGCUGGUUUCCUACACCUGAUUUUUGAAGAUAACUAUGACACUGGAACUGGAGACCAUUACUCCUUUAGGCAAAUGUGUGAUCAGUUCUAUAUAAGAGGUGGUGGUCACAGCUGCUUCAUUGACAGCGACGAAGCUAGGAUAAGAAUGAAAAGGAAAAGGUUCUGGGAUAAAGCAGUGGACACCAGCGAGCUCUGUGCUCCAGGAGAAAAAUGGUGGGGUGUCAGGGGCGAGAUGCGGGACAAUUUCAAUCACAGCAACCGAGAAAUAUCUCAUACUGAACAUUUUGAGAAUAGCAGAUUUGUGGAGUCGGUUCUUGAUGUCUACUGGGAGCUACCACCUGUGGCAGGGCCAUCCCUUACGCAUCAGACCAGAUAUGAUCCUGCACGUACUGUCGACCCCAUUGUAGAGGAUGGCAGAUUCGGCUUGUUUCAGAGACUUGGUUUGACCAGACUAGAAGCGUCUGUGUUCAAUGGAUAUACUCAGAUGGUAUACCUUCGGGUAUCUCCUCCAGGUUCUUGAAAUGUUGGAGAUACUUGUAUAAUGUGGUUUCAAAUGGCAUGUCGUGUGAAGCCUUCUUGGUUUGUCUUGUUUUUCUUCUGCUAUCUGUGGUAGAUCUUGUACAAACGAAGACUUCAUCUUUUGAUUGUAAUACCUUUUUUCUCAUUUUGAUGGUUAUGCUUGUUUUCAUGUGA